AUGGAGGUUUACCACUCACUCUCGAGGAUAUCAACUCACUUCCCAACUCCCAUCAGAUCCUCGCCAUCUUUUUCUGCCUUCGACCAAGCUGUGCAUGAAAGGUACUAUGCUAUGCCUGCCUACAAUCCGCCGGAGAGCGGCAAUUUGAGUGUAGCGUUAAACACAUCAGUGGAGUCCACCAUUGCUGAUGCAGAGCUGGAGAACGGAGCCCCAUGUGCGACAGCCGACGCUCUGGCUGCGACCGCGCUGCUGCCCGCAACGGGUAGCAUGGCACAGGUAUUUGGCUGGCGAUUUUGCAUGCUCUUGUUGCCGGCCUUGUUUGCCCUCGGCAGCGCCCUAUGCGGGGCCGCCAAGACAAUGAACUGGCUGAUUGCAGCUCGCACAGUCCAGGGCGCAGGCGGCAGCAGCAUCAUCACGAUCACUGCGAUAGUCAUUGCCAACCUCGUUCCAUUAUCUGAGCGCGCACUGUACAAUGGGUUGGUUGCUACAGGAAUGGGUCCGAUAGUGGGCGGCGCACUUGCUGACAAUGGACAGUGGAGAUGGCUGUUCUACCUCAAUCUCCCACUGGCGGGGGUGGCAGGGUUGCUUGUCAUUUCUUUCCUCAAGAUCAAGACACCGCAAGGUUCGUUCCAUGAAAAGAUGGCCCGAAUGGACUGGAUCUCCACUGCCGUGGCCAUCGCCCUCACGUGGGGUGGUGUGCAACAUCUCUGGAGCUCUGCACAGAUAUUGGCGUCACUCAUCAUCAGGCUUCUCAAUCUGCUGUUGUUCUUGUUGUAUGAAGCAAAGGUUGCGAAGCAUCCUCUGGUUCCCAUCUCGCUUCUGUCCAACCAUACAAGCUUCAGUGGCUAUGCACAGACAUUCAUGUUACCCAUACUGGCCGUUGCGGUGAUCUACUUUAUGCCAGUGCUCUUCCAGGCCAGCUGGGGUGCCUUGCUCAUUCGCUCUGGAGUCCUGCUCCUUGGCGUCAUCCUGUCUCUCGGCCCGAUACUCAUUCUCAACGCGAUAAGCAUAAAUGUGACGAAGAUGUAUCGACUGCAGCUCUGGAUCGGAUGGGCAGCCUGCCUCGCCGGCAGAGGGGUUCUAGCAACACUGAACGAACACACCGACAUCGCACGUGCGAUGGGCAGGCUUUUUCUCUUUGGUAUCGGCAGCAGUUUCCUUUACUUGGGAACGUACUACCCAGUGCUGGCCCUGCUGCCUGCUACAGAGAAUGCCCGCGCAAUGGCAUUCUUCCAGUUCUGCCAGUCAUUCUCCACUAUCUGGGGAGCAACUAUUGGCACAGCUGUUUUGCAGACACAGCUCAAAAAGCGGCUGCCUGCAGAGUUCAUAAAUGAGCUGCCUGGUGGCAUCGCAAUUGUGUACUCCGCCAUCACUGUCAUCCCGGGUCUGCCCAAGCUGCUACACACACAAGUGCGCGCUGCAUUUGCAGACAGCAUCUGCAUACUCUGGCAGGUUUUCGUCGGCAUUGGUGCUAUUGGUCUUCUGGUGUCACUGCUGAUGAAGGGAUUGCCACUGCACACACAGAUGGACGAACAGUGGGGGUUGGAGGAGAAAGCGAGCAAGGGGAGCAUUGGUGAGGGACAGGCUCAGGUCGCAGUUCUCGAGAUUGAGCCGGCCUUCAACCACUCAGUAAAUUAG